AUGGCUUCAACGUCUAACGCGGACGAGCCGUUCCGAGCGUUCGUGCCUGCAAAGAAGGAUGUUGCAGACUUAGCCGAGCUAGUAGACCUCGAGAAGGUGUCAGUGCUCACGUACAACGUGCUGUCGCAAAUGGGUGCACGACGUAUGCAACGUAGAGGCAAGAACUAUGUCGGUACGGCCAUCCUCAACAUCCGACAACGACGAGAAAGAUUGCUACGGUUAGACAAACUUGAUGCUAUCGACGAGUAUGACGACUGGUGGGCUGCAGAGCUCGCUAUUGCCGGUUAUGACAGUAUCUACGCUACGUCUGCAGCGUCCAGCUCGACAAUCGCAGCCAAGGAGAUAGAUGACGGUCUUGUGACAGCAUUUAGGAAGUCCACUUUUCAGCUCUUCCGGUCAGCGGAGGUGCAUCUCAACGACUUGUGUGCCAACGUCAACGACGCGAAUCUUGCAGCUAGAGCAAAGCAAGAUAAGCUCGCACUAAUGGUGAGUCUGCAGCCAUGGGAGACCUCGUCGUUGCCCUCUGCGCUUUGUGUAGUCAAUACGCAACUUGCAUCGGGUGCCUCGUCCGAGUUGGAGCGUGUGCGUGUGCUUCAAACGGAGUAUCUGUGUCGACAGGUAGCCGUGUUUAACGCCGAUUUUCAGCUGCCUAUCGUGCUGACUGGGACAUUUAACGCGACUCCUAGUAGUGAUGUCUACCAUACUAUUCUAACAGGUCGCAGGCGUCCUGUGUGUGAGGUGCCAGCAACUCCAGGACGCCCAGUGAUCGACGACCCGACGUCUUUGUCCUUACGAGUAUCAUGGGAACCUCCUCAGCCUUCUUCAACGUCACUCACUCCGUCUACUCCCAUUCUGGAGUACAAAGUUGCCGUCAAGAACUGUAUGAGUAAAUCGUCAGGCUUCCUGUACGAGCUAUCUGUAUCGGACGGUGCGUCCAAGUCGUUUAUAGUGACGUCGCUUAGUGCCAAUAUGACGUACCAGUUCCGUGUAAUGGCUCGUAACGAGUACGGAUGGGGGUAUUGGAGUCAACCCUCAGCUCCGGGGAGUACAUUCGAGCAUGCUGCUUACAAGAAGACCGCUCCUAACAAUGCUGACACGGACGAGAAACCUUUAUUCCUUGCUCCAGACGUACCUCCAGACGUGAAGCCGUACGAUAUUUCCUAUGGUUCGGGUCGUACGCCACGAUACGCGAGUGACGCCAAGCCGAUCGUUAAUGCGAUAGCGUGUCCACGACCUCUGUUGUCUUCAGUUGACAAGACUGUGGGUGGCAGCGAUCAACGCGCAGAGGCGAAGCGGUACACGACGCUGCAGUCUCGAGCCGACCGGGACAGUCUAGUUGUUCAUAGUGAGAUGAUGGAGAAUGCGUACGGCGCGUACGCUGAGUAUCUGAGUGAGCCUGAGCUCACGUUCUCGAGCGAGAACUUCCAAGGGACAAUCGACUACAUCUUUCACUCCACGGGACAAUUGACGCCGUUCCAACUGCUGGAGCUACCGACGCUCGAGGAGCUGGAAGCGACAGGACAAGAUAUCCGUGAACCGGUGAGUGUCGAGGACGUCGAGUGGGUCAAACACAAACCCGACGACUGGACGGACGACACCAGCAUGAGCACACGCUACAUGGGGACGUGGUGUGCUCCUACGCUCCCUAAUCUCUUCGGUCGCGCUUCAGGAUGGCUACCCAACGCUCACUGUCCGUCAGAUCACCUGCCGUUAGCCUGCGUCUUCGCCGUCAGGAAGCAAAACCUCGCCGUGACGUGGAAUUGA